UGUUUGAAAGGGAGGCCAAAGAGGGUGGGAGCGCGUGCUGCUGGGAGUUGUCUGGAGGCCAGCGGCGCGGCGCUGAGCGCCCUCGGGCAGAGCAGUCAUGUCUCACAAACAAAUCUACUAUUCCGACAAAUACGACGACGAGGAGUUCGAGUACCGGCAUGUCAUGUUGCCCAAGGACAUAGCCAAACUGGUCCCUAAAACCCAUUUGAUGUCUGAAUCUGAAUGGAGAAAUCUCGGCGUUCAGCAGAGUCAGGGAUGGGUCCACUAUAUGAUCCACGAACCAGAACCUCACAUCUUACUGUUCCGGCGGCCACUGCCCAAGAAGCCAAAGAAAUGAAGCCGGCGAGCCGCCUUCCGACCGCGAGCUUUACACAGCCGUCCUCUCUCCCUCCCAUCUUUCUGAUCGCGUCACCGUGUUGCUUUCCUAGUUCUCACUUUGCUGUCUGUGUAAAGGAUACACUUUUAAAUGUGCUGGUGCCUGCUUUGCUUCUGAAGUUGAGCCACCAAGGCCACAGCCCUGUCGGAUGAGUGUGACCUCAAAGCCCUAGUGUGCUCUGUAUCCAGCAGGCCAUAUUUGCCAUCUGUCAGAAGCGUGUGAAAUCAGAUCUUGGCUGUUACAGGGAUGGUGGGAAUUUGCUGUUGUGGUUUUUAUUAUUGGGUAUUGUAUUUAUGAUGACGUAUGGAUUUAUGUUUCGAUGUAUUGGAAACUUUCCAUUUUAUCUGACAAAUCUCUUCCAUGUUACAAGCCUUGAUUAAAGGAAGUUUUUUUAAUAAUCUUAA